AUGAAUGGUAUGCCACAGCAUGGACAUCUCUCAACGGUGGUUCACGCUGCUUGUCAAGUUAUUGGCAAAUCCGCAUUCUUACAGCAACGAAUUGAUGCAUCUUCUGCGCUGGGUAGCAAGGCUGUAGCGGUGCUCGCCUAUAUUCUACUACCCCCACUCGCUUGCAAGGGUUCAUCCUGAUCCACCAUGUCCAAUCUCGGGACACAGCCUCUACAACCGGUUGCCGUAACUCACGAACCUCAAACCAACACCGAUGCGGAGGCGAAACCAAAGACCGUGCCAUUGGAUGUGGAGACUGCCAACAACCAGGAAUCAGAUUCCGCAGUGACACCAACUCCGUUCGGGUUGGGAUUGGAGGGGACACAAUCAAGCACAACACUCACUGACGAAGACGCAAAACCGAGUACUGCAACUUUGGAUGUACAGGCUGCCAACAGUCAUGAAUCAGAUUCCACGGUAACCCCAACUCCGCUGAAGCUGGAGGGUGCACAAUCAAGUACAACACCUAUAGGACUGGAUUCUCUCCUGUCGCCUAAGGAUCCGGAUGCGCAUUUCCCUCUUCGGGAGUCUAUUGCCGCAUCUGAAGCUACAGAUGAAGACUCUAGAUUUUCUACAGUAUUACUUAGUGCACGUCAAAGCAUGGAAGUGACAGGCCUUGCCGAUGAUACCACUACCACCUCGACUCUGGAUCCGGUCGCGGAAGAUGGAGAUGAACGAAGGAAUACACUCAGCGGAAACGACCUCAUAACAAUGGUGCACAGGAAUCGCGUACACAAAAAGACUGCUUCAACUUCUACCAUCGUCUCUGCCAAUAAUGUACCGUUCAUAUUGUCCCGCUUGGAUGCCCAGAUGGACGAGGAGAAACACGGUUCCAAUCGAAGUAGUCUCGAUGGGCAACAGAAGCUACAGGAGGACUUCAGCCGUCUGCAACUUGGUGAACAACAGAGUCUCAAGCCAGCGAAAAGCUCUUCGGAUAUUGACUGGGACUUCUGGGGGGAUGUUGUAUCUGAUUACCAAACGUUUGCUGCUGAACGUCCUGAGGAGCUGGCCAAAGCUAUCGAGAGGGGCAUCCCCAAGACGCUCCGUGGUAUGAUUUGGCAGUUAAUGUCUGCUUCAAAGGAUCCAGAGCUUGAACAGACAUAUUUGCGUCUGCUUAAGGAGACUAGUUCUCAUGAGAAAGCUAUCAACCGGGAUCUUGGACGAACCUUUCCUCAUCAUGCAUUUUUCACGGAUGGUCAUGGUAUCGGCCAAGAGAAUCUAUUCAAUGUCCUAAAAGCAUAUUCAAUCUACGACCCUCAAGUAGGCUACUGUCAAGGUCUCCCAUUUGUGGUUGCUGUCUUGUUACUCAAUAUGCCCGACGAAGAAGCUUUCUGUCUUCUCGUCAGACUGAUGCAUUCCUACGAUCUGAGAGGACACUUCCUCCCUGAGAUGCCGAAGUUGCAGUUGCGACUGUUGCAGUUUGAUAGACUCAUUGAGGAGUUACUCCCCGUCCUCCAUGUCCAUUUCAUUCGGCAAGGCGUCAAGUCUAGCAUGUUCUGUUCCCAGUGGUUCCUAACGAUGUUCAGCUAUCGGUUUCCUUUGGACAUUGUCUUCCGAAUAUACGAUAAUUGUCUUGCGAGCGGCAUCGAGGCGAUGUUCGCGUUCAGUAUGAUCCUCCUAGUCAAGAAUGAAGAAACGUUGUUGUCCCUCAAGUUCGACCAGCUUCCCGACUUUCUAAACACACGCGUUUUCGAGGUUUACCAGCUGAAUAAGGACGCUGGCGAUUCCAGUGAACCCAAGUAUGACGUAGACCAGUUUGUUCAAGAUGCCGUUGCGCUUAAGAUCACGCCGUUCAUGCUGGAUAGUUAUGCCCACGAGUAUGAAGAGCUUGUGAGGACAAGGGACGCUCAUGCCAUCGAGAUGGAAGCGCUACGGUCCAGCAAUCGCAAACUUUCUACCCAGGUCAAUUCGUUGGAAUCGAGCAUGGCUCAGCUCAAUACUGAGCACUGCGAAGUACUGACUGAACUUGUGCGUGCACGUCUACGUAAUGAGGAACUCGAGUCAGAGUUAGUUCGAUACAAACUUCUAUAUGCCGAAGCCAUGCAUCAGAGUGAAGACGCCUUGUCCUCGCAUCGAAUAUCAACAAACCUCAGCCGGAGAGGUAGCGGCGUACUGUAGCGGGAAUACAUACCUAUAAAUUUGUAGUCAUCUGCAGUGUUGCGUUCAUUCUCGUUCCGAGUUACAAAUUUGGAGUCGUUUUCGAUUUGUUUUCUGUUGCACAUAUUCCAUAGAUCAUACCCAAUGUAUCAUACUGCACUCAAGGUUCAUCGUCACAUAUAAGUUCAUUGGUGAGGA